AUGGCCAGCCUCUCGGUUGGCGACAUUGUUCUCUGUAGCCAAAUUGCUUAUCGGCUGCUCACUGCUGCAACGAUUGGUCGAAAGAACGCACCACGUGACCUCAGAGAGCUGGAGAACGUACUCAUGGCGUUGAGCUGCUCACUCAGUCACCUACAAAACGCCGUCGAGGUCAUGUCGUCUGGGAACUGCAACCCAAACCCACACGCCGUUGAUGUACAACAAAAUCUUGGGUUCAUGGUUCGCUCGUGCUGUACAGUCCUUGAAGAUCUGGAGCGAGCAACUGCAAAAUACCGUGACAUAAUAAGAGAGCCAAGCUCAGCUCAGAUGGGUGGUUCUAAUGCUCGAUUCGUCAAAAUCAAAUCGCAAUGGAGGAGGUUCAUGUGGGACUUCCGAGAAGAGUCGUUGACCCGCUAUCGACAAAAGCUCGAGGCCCACACCGCUGCCAUCAAUCUAAUCUUGAACACCUGUAUAUGGUCUGCGGCCGAUCGGAUCGAGAACAACAUCAGGCGUCAAAAUCAAAUGAUGGAGAUGCUACUUUACCAACCAUCCCACCUCAACGGGAGGUUUUCGGCACUCGUUCAUAAUGCUCACCUUCCCGACACAUCUGAUCAUGUCGAGUCACAUUUUUUAUCUCUUCUCCCCGCACUACCCGAGCCGACCGUCAGGUAG